CGAAUCUGAAUCUUGGUGCCGUGACGACCGCCAUCGAUUACCCCCAGCUCUGGCCAUAUCGUGGAGUUUUCCUCGACUGAAAAAAAAGCAGGUUAUUCCUGGAGCAGUGCCACCUCUACCUCCGGGACCAAAACCAUGGCCGAUUAUUGGAUGUGUUCCGGAGAUGCGGAGGAAUAGGCCAGCACAUAUAUGGAUGCAUGACAUUCUGGAACAACUCAACACUGAUAUUGCAUGUGUACGACUAGGAAAAAUUCAUGUGAUCAUAGUUAAAUCUCCCGAACUUGCCAGAGAAUUCUUGAAGAACCACGACAAAACUUUCGCAUCACGGCCUACCGAUAUGGCGAGUCAGAGCUUAAGUAGCGGAUACUUAUCAACAGCUGUUGUGCCUUUCGGAAAACAAUGGAAAAAAAUGAGGAGGGUUUUGAUUGUUGACAUGCUUAAUCAGUCUAGAAUGCGGUGGCUACUCGAUAAAAGAAAUGAUGAAGCAGACAAUCUUGUGAGGUUCCUUUACAAUCAGUGCUCGAAUAAUGCUAAUGGUUCAGUGGUGAGUGUGAGAAAUGCAGCCCAAAAUUACUCAGCAAGUGUGAUUAGAAAGAUGAUUUUCAACAUGAGGUACUUUGGUAAAGGAAGAAAAGAUGGAGGCCCUGGACUAGAAGAAGAUAGACACCUCUCUGCACUUUUGACAAUACUCUCGUAUCUCUAUGCAUUCUACGUACCUGAUUACCUUCCGUGGCUGGGAUUAUUUGACAUAGAAGGGCAUGAGAAAAAGGUGAGGGAUGCUGUUAAAAUUAUCAAGCAGUAUCAAAAACCUAUUAUAGAUGAGAGAAUACGAAAGUGGAGAUCUUCUAACCAGGAACAGACGAUCUGUGAGAAGCCUGUACAAGAAGACUUGCUUGAUGUUUUCAUCUUACUAAAAGAUGCAAAUGGACAGCCAUUAUUAUCAGCCGAAGAAAUCGAAGCCCAAGUCACUGAGUUACAACUUGCCACAGUGGAUAAUCCUUCAAAUGCAACAGAAUGGACUCUUUCAGAAAUGUUAAACCAUCCGGAAAUGCUUACAAAAGCACAAGAGGAACUAGAUAGGGUAGUGGGGCAAGAUAUGCUUGUUCAAGAAUCUCAUAUCCCUCAUCUCCCUUACAUAACGGCAUGUGUAAGAGAAUCGUUUAGGCUGCAUCCAGUUGCACCAUUCAAUCUUCCACAUGUCUCAAAGUCUGACUCUAUAGUAGCAGGCUACAUGAUCCCAAAAGAUAGUCAUGUUCUUCUAAGUCGUUUAGGCCUUGGUCGCAACCCUAAAGUAUGGGAAAAUCCAUUGAGAUUUGAUCCCGAGCGUCAUCUGAAUGAAUUUGGUGGACAACAAGUGGAUCUGAGAGAACAAGAGUUGAGGUUCAUAUCAUUUUCUACUGGAAGAAGAGGUUGCAUCGGUAGUACGCUUGGGACAACCAUGUCUGUGAUGCUCCUUGCUCGGCUUCUACAAGGCUUUACAUGGAGCAUGCCCCCUAAGAUGGAUAAGAUUGACCUCACAGAGGCUCGUGGAUGCCUAUUCAAACUUUAUCCUUUGUAUGCGAAUGCUAAACCUAGGUUGUCCACUGCUUUGUACCUGCAGGUUUAG